AUGUUUGGCAACUCGGCGUCCACCACCAGCGGGUUCGGCGGGUUUGGUUCCAACAACACCUGGAAUAACAACAAUUCCUCUCCGUUCGGAACAAAUACUGUAAACAACAAUCCCUCGUCUACGUUUGGUUCGAACGCAAACACAAACACGGGAGGCCUGUUUGGAGCCGCCUCCAAUGCGUCUUCUGGGCUAGGCGCGUUUGGCUCCAACACCAAUACUAAUGCCCCAGCCAAUGGUACUUCUUCGAACACCGGCUUGUUUGGAACAGGAUCAUCGUUCAACAGUUCUUCCUCGCCGUUUGGUCAGUCGGCCUUUGGCAACACCGGCUCCACUGGAACCGCAUCCAAUGGUCUUUUUGGUGCAUCUAACAAUACAGGCUCUGCUUUUGGGUCUACAUCCACGACGUCUCCGUUUGGCCAACAAUCCAGUGCACCUCGUUUUGGAUCUACCCUGGGAGCCGCUAACACCCAGAACAGGGGCACGUCUGUGACUCCAUUCAAGCCGCUAACAGAAAAAGAUCCGACGAACGGAACACAAUAUUAUGAAACUAUCACAGCCAUGCCUGAGUACUCCAAGUUUUCUCUCGAGGAACUCAGAGUUCAGGAUUACAUUGAUGGUAGACGCUAUGGCAACAGUGCUGGGUCAGCUGGAACAGGAAGUUUUGGCACAGGAACCGGUUUCGGCUCUGGUACCACUGGUGGCUUUGGAACCGCGUCCAACAACGGUGGCUUGUUUGGCCAAUCCAACAAUACUACCUCAGGCGGUCUAUUUGGACAGUCCAACAACAAUACCGGCGGAAACGUGUUUGGUGCCAACAAGCCAGCUACAGGCGGCCUUUUCGGUUCAUCCAACAACAAUUCCUCUGCCUUUGGCUCGAACAACAAUUCUGCAUUUGGCUCGUCCGGUGCUCCUUUCGGACAGACCAACAACUCGCCGUUCGGUCAGCAACAGCAGUCGUCUACAUUUGGAGCGCCCUCGAGCUCACCUUUUGGACAGCAGAACAACAACGCUGGCACUCUUUUUGGUGCCAACAAUAAUCAGACCAGCUCUCCGUUUGGUCAGCAGAGCACAACACCUGCCUUUGGAUCGACCAAUCAGGCUGGCGGUGGCAUGUUUGGCAACAACAACAACCAGACAAGUGGUUUUGGCAGCACGGGCACUAAUACCGGUGGCCUGUUUGGUGGAAAUAACACCGCCAACAAGCCUGCUUUUGGCGGUUUUGGCUCGUCUGGAAACACAUCUGGAGGUUUUGGCUCGACCGGGAACACCUCAGGUAAUCUGUUUGGGAACAACAAUAAUAACCAGCAAUCUGGUGGACUCUUCGGCAAUAACAAUAACCAGUCGGGAGGCCUCUUUGGCCAGCCUAGCAAACCUGCCGGUGCAGGCUUUGGCUUUGGGUCGACCAACAACGCUCAGAACGGAUCGCUUUUUGGAAACAAUGCUUCGGCCAACAACAAUACAUCGGCACCGUUGUUUGGCAACAAUAAUAACCAAGCUGGAUCACUUUUCGGUAAUAAACCAACAGGCACUUCUUCGGGAGGUCUCUUUGGAAACAACAACACGGCUAGCACUGGAACGGGGGGUGGCUUUGCAUUCGGCGCAAACAAUAACAACAAUGCAUCGUCGGGGGGUCUGUUUGGCAAUAAAGCUGCUUCCACUGGAACUGGGUUCGGCUCGACAAACACCGCAGCCGGCUCUUUAUUCGGUAAUAAGCCCCCAGCCACCUCUGGCACUUCAGGCUUUGGCGCAACCAGUAAUAAUACUAACAGUCUGUUUGGAAACAAGCCCGCAGGAACAACCUCUGGUGGUCUUUUCUGUAACAACCAAUCGUCCACAUCUGGAGGGCUCUUUGGGAACAAGCCAGCGACGACUGGAGGACUCUUUGGAAACAAUAAUCAAUCGUCCACAUCAACAACCUCAGGAGGAUUGUUUGGUAAUAAACCUGCUGGAACGACUUCUGGUGGCCUCUUUGGCAACAACAGCCAGCAACCGAACGCGUUUGCAUUUGGACAAGGGCAACAGCAGCAGCAACAACAACAGCAACAGCAACAGCCUCUGGCUAAUCUGGACCCAUAUGGAACAAAUCCUCUGUUUUCCUCUGUGGGAGCCAAUACAAAUCCUAUUGUCCAACAACCUCAAGUGCCACAGGCUAUUCCGGUGAAACAGGUGGCCAAGAAAAAGCCAAUGCUUUCCUCUGCCUACAAACUAAAUCCAAAACCGCUGUUCUCGCCUAACGAUCUCCUGGCCACAAAGCCCGGCAGCAUUGUGGCAGUUUCAUCUCCGUCGACGGCCGGCUCAAACGGCUCCAGCAAAUCUGCCACUCAGACUUUGAUCGAAGACUCUAAAGACUCUGCCAACGGCUCUAAGUCCGAAAAAGUUCUCUCUCCUACUACGGAUGAUGCCAUCUUGUCCAGUUACAUUUUUGCUCCGUCCAGAAAUGUCACCAAGCUGAUCAUUGACAAAACGAAGCAAGAAGACGAGUUUGAAGGCCUCAAAACAAGCAACCUCGUCACUCCUCGUCGUCAGAUCACGAUGAAGGCCUCAAUGAGCAGCCUCACCCCAAAACCCUACGUGUCCCCUAGCAAGACCGUGCUUGAAAAUGGAAGCAGCCAGGAGCCUGUAGGAGAGGUCUCGAGCACUCCGAAAUCCGUGUCCGAAUCCACCUCGACCAAUGAAGAAUGGCCUGAGGGCUACUGGAUCUCUCCCUCGCUGGAAGAGUUACAAAAGCUGUCUCCUACACAGCUAAAGUCUGUUCCACAUUUCAAGGUGGGCCGCACAGGCUACGGAAAAAUCGAAUUCCUCAAACCUGUGGAUCUCACAUCAAUUCUCCUGGAAAAAAUUCCAGAAAUUAUCGUGUUUGAUAAGCAGUCUUGUAUUAUCUACCCUGAUCUCAAUAGCAGACCGCCAGUUGGUGAAGGUUUCAACAUCCCAGCAACAGUUUCUCUCGAAGGUUGCUUCCCACUGUCGAAGGACACCAAGAAGCCAAUCACAGAUCCACAUCACGCUGUUGUGAAGAAACAUAUCAGAAGACUGCAAAUGAUUCCGAAUACGGAGUUUGUCGGUUACGAUUCCAUCUCAGGUACUUGGCAAUUCAAGCUCGAGCAUGUCUAA